GCGGGGCGCCGAGGCGUGGACGGCGGGCAGGCAGUGCGCCGGGCAGCUCUCGGCCGGCGGCCAUGGCGGCGGCUCUGGGGGCGCGGGGGGCGACGCGGCGCGUGUUGGCGGCGCUGCGGGGUUGGAACCCGGGCCUCGCGGCCAUGUCAGCAGAUGCUCACUUGUUGACAACAGAGGAGAGGAACCAAGUUAUACUCGACCUUAAAGCAGCAGGAUGGUCAGAAUUAAGAGAGAGAGAUGCCAUCUACAAAGAGUUCUCCUUCAAAAAUUUUAAUCAGGCCUUUGGCUUUAUGUCCCGAGUUGCUCUACAAGCAGAGAAGAUGAAUCAUCACCCGGAAUGGUUCAAUGUCUACAACAAGGUCCAGAUAACUCUCACCUCGCAUGACUGUGGUCAGCUGACCAAAAGAGACGUGAAACUGGCCAAGUUCAUUGAAAAAGCAGCUGCUUCUUUGUGAUUUCUUUCAAAAUGUUUGUAAAAUCUUAUACACAUCUUAGGUGUAAUGUACUUUGAGGGUGAUUUACAUGAACAAAUUACGCUGAAAAUUUAGUUCACCUAUAUACCACAUUUUGUAAAAUCAGUGUUUAAAUACAAAAUGAUUUAAAUUUGAGCCUGAGGUAUUUUUCAUUAUACCUAAGUCACAUAUAUAAGGCAAGCCAACCGAGAUAAUUGUAUUAAUAAUACAGUAUUGAAAAAGAGAAGUAGCAUUUUUAAAGACCAGAAGUUGGGUUGGAGGAGCAUUCACACAUUUUAUAACCCAGAAAUUCAAAUGAUUAUGUUGACUUUACAAAUGCAUUGUGUUAGAGAGUAGUUGUAAGGUACAAAAAGAAUGAUAAACUCUGUAGGUAAAGGGUUGUAACCAUCUAUAACAAUUCUUAUGAAGUUAAAAUUGAUUCUUUAGCUGCUGUUAUUAGAUUACAAAGUCACAAAAAUUGGGUGGGCUGUCUUGUGUUUUAUUCUUACUUUUCAGGCAGGCAGUUGAAGGAAGAGGACAAGUGUUUUGUCCAUAGCUUCCAGAACCUCUGACCUCUGAACUGAAGGUCUAUAGCUGUUGAGCUAGAAACUACUUGGGUAUUAUCCAGUAACGAACUGUAUUUACUCCUUGUGUUAAUGACAGGAGUAAAAUGGAAUAUAAAUAAUUUAUUACUUAAAAAUUACAAUAACAGCAUCUUUGAAGGAACUCAGAAAUGUACUUAUUAAUGAGCUUAGAUGUAUACAUAAGUAUUCAUCCAAGGAACACGUGUUAAUCUCUUGAAGCAUUACUGUGGGAGGAUUUAAUAGGGAUCAUCUUUGAAACCCACCUCACUUUAGAGGCCAGAAAAUUCACUCUGCAUUACAAUAAGCAAACCUUCCCCAGCCUCCAAUUUGAGAAACUCUAUAGGAACAUGACAAGGAGGCUGAGCUCUCUGAAGCUAAUUCUUGGCUGGUUCUGUUGGCCCGGGAGAGGCAGGUACAGUUUGCCCUGUGGAUAUGGAGUGUGCAAGGAGGGGAGAAAAAGAAGGCCACCCAGACUCUGUGCUGCCGGGAGAUCCAGAGUCUGGGUGCUAGAACUUAUGAUUCUUAAAAUUCUUUCAGAGGAAAAGGCAAAGCUAUGUGUUUUUAUAAACUUUUAUUUAUAGAUUUUGAGGAACUCUUAUAUGUUUUAUUACCAAAUAUUUUAGUUCAGUACUUCAAUUUUUUUACAUGAGUUUUUAAACAUGAAAAAAUAUUUUAAGAGUGAAUAAUACUGCCUAAUAUAUGGUGAUGGGAGAAGAUUUGACUUUGGGUGGUGGGCACACAAUGCAAUAUACAAAAUUUGUAACUUAGAAACCCAUACCUGAAACCUACAUGAUCAUACUAACCAAUGUUACCCUAAUAAACUUAAUUUUUAAGAAGUGAA